AUUUUAGGACUUAUUGUGGGUGUGAUACUAAGAUACGGCACUCCUUCUACCAGCACCUAUGACAAAACCAUCAGCUGCUCUCAAGAACAAAGGGCUUAUACCACACUACUAGUCAACGUCAGUGGGAAAUUCUUUGAAUACACUUUGAAGGGUGAAAUUAUUCCUGAGAAGAUUCAUAAUGUGGAACAGAAUGACAUGCUAAGAAAGGUGACCUUCGACCCUGAAGUCUUUUUUAAUAUUUUACUGCCUCCGAUCAUUUUUCAUGCAGGAUAUAGCCUAAAAAAGAGGCACUUCUUCAGAAAUAUUGGAUCCAUUCUUGCCUAUGCUUUCUUUGGUACUGCAGUCUCAUGCUUCAUCAUUGGAAAUGUCAUGUAUGGAGUAGUGAAAUUAAUGAAGUUAGUUGGUCAGCUUGAUGGCAAGUUUUACUAUACCGACUGUCUCUUUUUUGGAGCCAUCAUCUCUGCCACAGAUCCAGUGACUGUCCUAGCCAUAUUCAAUGAGCUGCGGGCAGAUGUGGACCUGUAUGCUCUUCUGUUUGGAGAAAGUGUCCUCAAUGAUGCUGUUGCCAUUGUGCUGUCAUCGUCCAUUGUUGCUUAUCAACCAACUGGGGAGAACAUGCACACCUUUGAUGCUGCUGCCUUUUUCAAGUCUGUUGGCGUUUUUGUCGGCAUUUUCAGUGGGUCUUUCGCAAUGGGUGUUUGUACCGGUGUACUGGUUGGUAACGUAACCAAGUUUACCAAGCUGCACUGCUUCCCCUUGCUGGAGACGGCCUUGUUUUUCUUACUAUCGUGGAGUACUUUUCUUCUGGCUGAAGCGUGUGGCUUUACAGGAGUAGUUGCUGUCCUGUUUUGUGGUAUCACACAAGCACAUUAUACAUAUAAUAAUUUAUCUGCGGAGUCCAGGAAUCGAACCAAGCAGCUGUUUGAGGUCUUGCACUUUUUGGCGGAAAACUUCAUAUUUUCCUACAUGGGUCUCGCACUCUUCACUUUCCAGAAACACAUGUUUAGUCCCAUUUUUAUUGUUGGGGCCUUUAUGUCUGUAUUUAUUGGGAGAGCAGCUCAUAUAUACCCACUGGCUUUUUUCUUGAACCUGGGCAGACGGCACAAGAUUGGGUGGAACUUUCAGCACAUGAUGAUGUUUUCAGGUCUCCGUGGAGCCAUGGCAUUUGCCCUCUCAAUUCGAGACACUGCCACCUAUGCACAUCAGAUGAUGUUCUCCACAACUCUUCUAAUUGUAUUUUUUACUGUGUGGGUAGUAGGUGGGGGAACAACGCCCAUGUUAUCCUGGCUGAAUAUCAGAGUUGGUGACCAUGUGCCAUCGAUGGAGGAUGCAGCCAUUAGACGUUGGCAGUAUUUCAGGGUAGGUGUUGAUCCAGAUCAAGACCCACCUCCAACUAAUGACAGCUUUCAAGUACUGCAUGGAGAUGCUGGAGAAUCCGUUGGAGAGAGUCGCACGCGGCAGGAGAGUGCCUGGGUAUUUCGGAUCUGGUAUACUUUUGAUCACAAUUAUCUGAAGCCUAUGCUGACACACAGUGGUCCUCCAUUAACUACAACACUGCCCAGCUGGUGUGGCUUGAUUGCCAGAUGUUUUACCAGCCCACAAGUAUAUAAUAAUCCAGAACAGCUGAGAGAAGAUGAUGCAGAUUUCAUUCUUAAUGAUGGUGACCUUACAUUGACUUAUGGAGACACCACCAUCACAGCUAAUGGGUCUUCAGGGUCUCACACAGCCACCACAAGCUUAGAUGGCAGAAGAACAAAAAGCAGUUCAGAAGAAGCACUGGAACGUGAACUUGGAGGGAGACUAUGAAAUUACCAAUAGAGGAACACGGCUAGUAUUUCCUCUUGAAGAAAAUGCAUGA